ACAAACCCAGAGAAUGAAUUCAACCUAAAAACCCUAGAAAUCCUCUAAGAUCUAGAGUGAGAAAGUUAGAGAGUAGAAGUACUACAAAAGAUAGGAUCUUUGGUUUUGGGUUUUGUUCCAUUUUCUUGAUUGGAGAGUGGGAGAGUGGUGGUUAUGGGUGGUGGUGGUUGUUGUGAGGGUGAAUGGCGGGGUUUUUCUCGCUAGACGGUGGUGGAGGAGGAGGCGGAGGUGGAGGAAACAAUCAAGAAGAUCACCGGAGCAAUACAAACCCUCCUCCGCCUGUAUCAGAAGCUUGGCUCUGGUAUAGAAACCCUAACGCAAACGCAAACACAAACGUAAACGCAAACGCUCCUUCUUCUUCAAACGCUGCUUUAGGAACACUUGAGUUAUGGCAAAACCACAAUCAGCAAGAAAUCAUGUUUCAGCAACAGCAACAUCAACAAAGGUUGGAUCUUUACUCUUCCGCCGCAGGUUUAGGUGUUGGACCAAGUAAUCAUAACCAAUUCGAUAUCUCCGGCGAAACUUCAACCGCCGGCGCCGGAAGAGCUGCGGCGAUGAUGAUGAUUCGUAGUGGCGGCGGAGGAGGAGGAGGAGGAAGUGGUGGUGUGAGCUGUCAAGACUGUGGGAAUCAAGCGAAGAAAGAUUGUGCUCACAUGAGGUGUAGAACUUGUUGUAAGAGCCGUGGCUUCGAGUGUCCUACUCACGUGAGAAGCACGUGGGUUCCUGCUGCUAAACGCCGUGAGAGACAACAGCAAUUAGCUACGGUUCAGCCGCAAACGCAUCUGCCACGCGGUGAGAGCGUUCCUAAACGCCACCGUGAGAAUUUACCGGCAACUUCUUCAUCUCUUGUCUGCACUCGCAUACCUUCUCAUUCAGGGCUAGAAGUUGGGAAUUUCCCGGCGGAGGUGAGUUCAUCGGCGGUGUUUAGGUGCGUGCGUGUGAGCUCAGUAGAAGAUGGAGAAGAAGAAUUUGCUUACCAAACAGCCGUAAGCAUCGGGGGUCACAUUUUCAAAGGCAUUCUAUACGACCUCGGUCCUGGAAGUAGUGGCGGUGGCGGCUAUAGCGUUGUUGCCGCCGGUGAGAGCUCCUCUGGUGGUGGUGGAGCUCAACAGCUGAAUCUCAUAACAGCUGGCUCUGUAACGGUUGCUACCGCUUCUUCCUCUACUCCAAACCUCGGUGGUAUUGGCAGCUCAUCCGCCGCGGCAGCCACGUACAUUGAUCCAGCCGCUCUUUAUCCAACUCCGAUCAAUACAUUCAUGGCCGGUACACAAUUCUUUCCCAACCCAAGAUCGUGAUGAAAAUCUGACAUAAAAGCAACAUAACUCUUUUGAAUUCUUAGAAUAGAAUUAGGGUUUAUAA